UGCAGGACUUCCUCGUUUGUUGAAAUUGUCUUUCUAAAAAUAGAAUACAGGCCCAACUGGCUUUCAGUGUUCCCAUAUGGUUGCAGUGACCUAUGUUUAAGUAUGGCGCAAGCAUAGUUUCAGGACAGACGUGCCUACUGGUAGUCAAAAACAAUGAUGGAUUUAAGAGCAGUUUUAGGAAUGCUGUACUUCUGUGCGGUAGUGAGAGCCUGCUUCAGAUGCGGAACUCGACCCCACGUUCCGCGAAGUGUCAGGCGCCAGGAAGCUUAUCCCCACUCUUGGCCGUGGAUGGCUUAUAUAGAAAUUGGACGAGAAACAGGAGAAGGCAAUCGAUAUAAAUACAACUGUGGAGGGAGCCUCCUUGAUAAAAGAUGGGUGCUGACAGCCGCUCACUGCUUGCAUACACCUUGGGACUCUCCCAUUCAAUUGCAAUGGCAAGCGGAGAUUAUUAAGGUGUCACUAGGUGUUCACAAUCGGGCAAGACGCGCCACAACCACAGCUGUCAUCGAAAGGAAUGUUAGUGAGGUUCACAUUAUCAACAGCUAUAAACCAGACACUCUUGACAACGACGCAGCUUUGCUAAAACUCUCUGAACCUGUCCCUUUUAACGAUGAAAUCGGACCAACAUGCCCUGUCGAUCACAGAUUUGAUUUCGAAGGAGCGCUAUGCACGGUAAUCGGAUGGGGGACUUUGGGGUUUGGAAACCCUGUACCCAGUGAUGUACUGACCGAAGCGCCUGUUCGGUAUAUGUCUGCUGAAUCCUGUCGCACCAAUUCUCGCUAUCCACGAGAUGUGAUCACGGACGACAUGCUGUGCGCUGAGGAGUACGGGGGAGACGGCUGUGCGGGAGAUCCAGGAGGACCCCUUCUGUGUGAGUUCCCAACUGACCGCAAGACAGAGUGGAAACAACUGGGCAUCGUCAGUUUCGGCAGAGGAUGCGAGUACAUCUCCUAUCCCGGCGUCUACACGGACGUCAGGAAAAUAUCUGACUGGCUUUACAGAACUAUUGUCGCUGGCUCGUGCGGGUCCCUGGAAAGACUUGGCUCGGCAUACUACACCAACGACACAACAUUUGAGACACUGAGAGACCUCACGGAGAGGGAAUGCGAACAAGAGUGUAUAAACAUAUAUAAGUGUAAAGCGGCAACCUAUCGUCGGAAUCCACCAACAUGUUGGCUUCAAGCCAAGCCUCAAAACGCUGGAAACCACAGCGACUGGGUGGCUUUCCGUAUAAAGGACGGUUGCAAGAAGCCAAUUCCAUACACGCGCACAUGAGUAUUGGAAGGUGAAAGUUCACAAUAUACACUAUACGUACAAAAUAUCACAAGAUUUCGUCUUAUAAAGGCGGUAUAGGGAAGUACCUUGGGUUUGUCUUGGAGUAAUUUCAAAGUACAUGCAACAGCAAUCUGUGUGCAUUAGUUUUUGUAAUGGGUGUCAAAUUGUCAAAAUAGGAAAAAUAAUGAUAACAUCCCACUU